GUUAUAAAUCAACUGGUGAAGCUAAACAUUGUUGAAGACCGCAGUAUACUUCGGAAGAAACGUGCCAAGAAACCAAGGAAACUAAACAAUAAUGAGUAUGAGGUACCGUAGAAUUCUGAACAAUAACGUUUGGAUUUAGUGGCACUAGUUUUAUUAUGAGCUGCUUCUUUCGUGGGUGGGGGAGUUUAGGUGUGUUACAUGGUAAUCCCGUAGUUUUGGAAACGCCAUGUAUAUAGAUUAUUUUUCGAAAGCUAUAUAGAAAGCUUUCGAUCCGUAAGCCCCGAUCUUCAUACAGAUAUUAUUAGCAUUGAAGAAGAUCCGGGCUUACGGAUCGAAAGCUUUGCAGUAAUAAAUUUACGUUGUGUUUCCACAAACCAAAACGUAUAGCUUAAUUGCAUGUGUUUCAUGUUUUAACACCACAUACAUGUUGUUCUAAAUUGGUAAUGCAUGGCCUAACAGUUGUAAAGAGUUCUAAUAAUCAGCGUAAGAGUUCUAAAUUGAUAAUGUAUGUGUAUUUGCCAACAUUAAACUUCUUAAUUUCUUUAUUCGAACUAGGAAGAAGAUGGUGGUAGUGACGAAGGUACUGUUAGUAGUUCUUUUGUAACAAGCCAUGCAGGCAUCUACUGUAACUCAUUUCGUAGCAUGUGAUAAUUAAUGUGGUGGUUAAUUAGUAUAGGUAAUCAUGCGAUGGCGAGUACAAUUAGGGAUUAAUAGUACGAGUGAUGUUUGGAAAUUUUGCCAAAAUUGGACGAGCCGCCGGGACGAGUCCAAUUUGGCAAAUUUCCAAACAUCACGAGUACUAUUAAUCCCUAAUUGUACGAGCAACAUCGCAUGAUUACUUGUUUAUUAUUAGCAUGACAAAAUUGGGUACUUCUCAAUGUUAACAUCAUAUUCUCCCCCAAAGCCCAGUCCUGCAAGACUUUCAACCAAAAUUUGGUGCUUUUGUUCGUAUUUUCAUUUAGUUCUUUUGUUAAAGCAAAAUUCGGUGCUUUUGUUCGUAUUUUCAUCUAGUUCCUCUAGGGCAAUUUCAUUUCAUAUUUUUGUUUAAAAUACCUUUCCGCCAUUUUGUUUGUUUUGGGAAAAUCAUUAAUUGUACUGCAGUACAAUUAAUGAAAUAAUUGUACUCCUCUUAACCAAUCAGCAUCCAGUAAUUUUGUCAUGCUAAUAAUAAAGAAUGGAAUAAUGAUGAUUAUUUUAUACUCAAAGUCUAUUGUCGUUCGUGAUUGGUUAAAACGCGUAAUUAUCGGUUUCUUGAAGCCGUCGCGUUAUUUCAGCUGCUGACGCCAACAGCGUGCAAUAAUACUUUUUUUUGGAUCUGUAUAUUAAUUUUAAAGGUUAGGGUCUGUAUAUUAAUUCCUAUCAUGAUCAGCAAAUGACAACAGUAGUUAAAUGAAUGAAAUGUAUCUCUCCCUUAAAGGACUAGUAUUGCAGGCUUUUGUUUUUAUCUUACCCAAAAUCAACAUGGUAAAAAUACCAUUUCCAAUAAGAAUCAGAAAAAAGAAGAAAGGAUUCUCAAAGGAUACAUGGUUCAAAUAUAUACUGUAUACGACGGAUUACAAAAACGUUUCCAGAUCUAUGGAUCUACUCUGCCCAUCAAAUGGUCGCUAGCGGUACAUCGCUCCACAACAAGCAUCUAUUUGGGAAUCAAGGCAAUUUUUAGCAGUUUCCUAGUACGCGGCUGUUGAUGUUUAAACUUUAAAGUAACACUGUAAGAAUUAAGAAGUCUGUAUUCUGCGGGGGCCGGGGAGAUCUUAUGCAACGCGAGAAUGGUUCUAUUUUUUCUUUAUAUAGAGGAUGGCGGAGGUGAUGAGGAGCCUGAUGCCGAAACAUCAGAUGAUGAAAAUGAUGAAUCUGAUUUGAAUGAUGAAAUGAGCACUGAAUUUUCCAACAUGUUGGCGGUCGUAAAAAAUUCAGGUAUUUGAACUUUUGACUUCUUAAUUGUGUUAAGGAUUGUUAAGUAUGUGUCUGUUGAAAGUUUGUACUUUUGAGUUGGAUUCUAACUUUGUUGUAAAAAAUCACCUUGUCCCACGGACCAAUGCUAUUGAAUCAAAUGAACCUACAAUUAGAUUGAAUUUAACUGCGUGGCCUAAUAUCCUUACAAUUUACUCUCAUUUUCCUCUAGAACAUGUCGACCAACUGGAAUGGAUCAAAAGUAGAUUAAAUGGAGCUGCCGAUGACAGAGCUGAAGAUGGUAUUAAACCAGUUCAUUAUCUUAAUGUCAGAUUUAUUAAAUAUAUAGGUUUGGCUUACGGACAUUCGAAUUCGGAGUUUAUUCGAUAAGGAUUCAUAAAAACCUUAAAAUUUGAUAUCAGCUGACACUUACUUAGAAGAGAAGCUUUUUGCACUCUUUAUUUACCAAUUUUUUUUAGUUACUGUUAUUAGAUUCGUUAGCUAACCUGGCAAGACGAGACAAAGUGAUAGAUUUGUAUUAGAUUAGCAGAAACAUAUUAAUUAUUCCUUUACAACAUUGUCCUCCAUUGACAUAAGACGCUCGUAUCUCACAAUCUGUGAAUAAAUGAUUUACUUGACUUCAAAGCACUUGCACACCUUUCACUCUGCUUGACCAAUAAGAGAACGCGAGUAAUUAUCGGAUAGCCAAUAAGAACUGCUUAUUUGUCACGAUCUCUACUUGACAGGAGCUUCAGUCGCGGAUAUUUUCUGGGAACAGGAAAGAAAUUAACAAUUCAAAGGUCGCUUAUUCCUUCAUAUUAUUCCGAACAAUGAUUAAGCUUAACGCGUUGGUCGGAACUCUUCAAAAUUUUCAACAAGAUGAAGAUGAGAAGUGUUGGUUUGUUUUAGAGUUGACCAUUUCUCAUAAAUUGCAACAUGAAUAUAUGUUACAGUUUACUACCUUGUAUUCUUGACAGACGACUGGCAACCAUUACCACUUGUCACGUUGACAGAAGAGAGUGAGUUAGCUCUCCGAGAUAAAUCUUUCCAGAAGCUCCUAAAGAAAAUAGGACUUGCCUCGCCGACCAACGAACAGGUACAGGUUUCGAUUUUGUGUGCUGCACCUACUUAGGUGCUGUAUAUGCAUGCACCAUAGUACUGCAGUUUAUUAACAACGACAUUUCUCUCUACAAAGUGAUGGAAUCUAUUCAUAUGAGCCUAGCUAGCGGAAAAACUCACAUGAGUGAUCUCCGUAUGCCCUAGUUAACGCAUGCACAGAAAAUUCAAUUUGUGUUCGUCUAACGAGGUGGAAUGUCAGUCAAGUGGGAUAAGAUUUUCCGUACGAACGCUUCAUCCCACCUUACUGGGACGGAAAUGUUUUUUGCCCAUUUUGGCCUACGUAUUAGUUUUGAGCGGCGUAUUUGGAAUGUAAGACAAGAAAAAUAAACAUUGACCUGCUAUAGACAGACACUAUCAAUUUCGUAAUGGAAUUUAUUCAGUCACAACGAAAAGGUAUCUCGAAGGCACUAUCAGGUGGGAUAGAAAAUUUUAACCCACUUGACUGAGAUCCCACCUGCAUGGGUGAAGAUCCGGAUCCACCUGCAUGGGUGGGCUGGAUGCAUUAUUGCAUUAUGUCCAACAUGCGGAUAUUAUGGAUUACUCGGGCUAGUUCCUGGUCUGCGGGCAUUUUGUGUUGAACACUGUCAAGGGAUUUUGGAUAAUUUAGGGACCGCAGAGUUCACUUAAAAUGGCGGGUUUGAACGCCAUAGUCCUUAUAAAUAAAUGUUUUCUUAUUUCUAGGAAAGGUAUUGGCGAAUACCUGACAACUUGUCACCCGAUCAGUUACGAAAAGCAGUUGCUGACCUUGAGGCGGAUACACCAGAUGGUAAGUUCAGAGGUGCACACCUCCCCGCACCACCACUCAAAAAGUACUUGAAUUUCAACUUCACCGAAGGGUGAGAAACCUGUAUGUUAUAUACUCUGCCAUAUAACCACGUUUUGCUACACCGCUGCGUAGUCGACGCGCGUAAGGUGCGUGGAUCGCAGUAGAAGGGGGCAGUAACAUCAUACAAUUGAGAAUAUAACUUCGCAAACGAAAUAUGCACUGUUUCAUAGCGAACAAUCCAAUUCAUAGCGAACAUGUUAUGGACGUGCUGACAACGUUAUGGCGCUGA